UCACUAUAUUAGGGAUUUCAUGCUUUUGGCUUUCCAAAACCAAAGCACUCGUUCAUCGGAAGAAGGGAACCAACGUCCAGGAGUUGAACAAGUUCUGUCUUCCGACCAAACGGAAACCUCUGCUUCUUCCGAAUCCACCACAACCGUGCUUUUGGUCUGCCACAAUUUUGGGUAGAAAUGUCGUCUCCAUUGACGCCUUCGAAGAGACCACAUGAGGAGAGCGUUACGGAGACUAAUGGGAAAGGGAAGUUGCAGAAGUAUGAAAAUCUAGAUUCUAGGCUCUCCGCUGGCAAUGUUGCUUUCCGGGUGCUGUGCCCUGCGUCCAAAGUUGAUAAUGUCACUGGUGAAGGUGGCUCUGUCAUAUCACAGAUUUUUCAAGACACUCUUGUAAAGGUCAAAGUUGAGGAACCUGUUCCGGGCUGUGAUGAAAUAGUUAUUAUCGUGGGUUCUGAUAGAGAGAAUGAUGUUGGUAGUGAGCAUAGAAAGGAGGAUGGCGUUGAAGAGGCAAAUGUGGAUGAAAAGCAAGAUGACGCUAAGGAGCCAAGGGAGAAGGAUGAAACUCAGGAAUCUGUUCCUAUCGAAGAUUCAAAAUCUGAUACUGAAGAUUCAGUAACCCCAUCUUUGCAGAAGGCUUUGCAACUUGUUUUUGAGAGAAUAGUUGAAGGGGAAACAGAAACCGAUGGAGGGGAUGAAGAAAGUAAUAAGUCUUUGACAUUUGUUUGUAGGUUACUAGUUCUAUCAUCUCAAGUGGGAUGCCUCUUGGGAAAGGGUGGUAGUGUUAUCAAACAAAUGUCAUCUGAAAGUGGGGCACAAAUCCGGAUCCUUCCCAGGGAUAAACUUCCGUUAUGUGCUUCAGAUUCGGAUGAACUAGUGCAGAUUACGGGGAACAUUGAUGCAGUUAGGAAAGCCAUUGAAUCUGUUUCCCAGCAGCUUUUGGAGAAUCUGCCUCGCGAUAGUGAUGAUUCCCUUCCCACCUCCGGGCCAUCAUCUAAUUCAAUCGGUCAACCUCUUCCAAGACCAGAAAUAUAUCCACCACCUAACCAUUCUCAAGGAGCUCCUGAUAUUGAUCAGCCUGGAGAUUUUGCUGAUUCCCAUUCUGCUGCUCAUCGAUUAAACCCUAAAUUACAUGGAAGUGGCAUCCCUCGUAGGAUGAAACCUUCUCAGGAAGUCCUAACUUUCCGCUUAUUGUGCCCUGAAGAGAGAGUAGGCGGUGUAAUUGGGAAGGGAGGAACCAUAAUAAAGACACUUAAGCAAGAGACAGGCUGUGAAAUUAAGGUUAUGGAAGGCGUGCCUGACUCAGAUGAUCGUCUUAUUGUUAUAUCUGGUCCUGCGCACCCAGAUGAUAGGAUAUCACCUGUCCAAGAUGCUGUUAUUCUUGUGCAAAGUAGGAUAUUCAGGGCUAUACCUAAUAGCAAGGAACAAUCCAUGAUGGCGAGGCUUCUUGUUUUCUCUAAUCAAAUUGGUUGUCUCCUUGGAAAAGGUGGUGCCAUCAUUGCAGAGAUGAGAAAGUUAUCUAGGGCACAUAUCCGCAUAAUGGGGAAGGAUCAAAUUCCAAAAUGCGCUUCAGUUGAUGAAGAAGUUGUUCAGAUACAUGGAGAAUUUGAAGCCGUUAAAGAUGCUCUUCUGCAGAUCACCACUAGGUUGCGGCUUCACUUUUUUGGUGAUGCAUUUCCUUCUAUAAAUUAUCAUCAAAAUCCUGCGUUUCUGGAUCAACCACCAUUUCAAUCAUAUCUGAGGAGGGACUUCUCACCUCCAAGAAUGCAUUCGAAUUUAGGCCCAUCGUUUCACAAGUUCGAUGCUGUUGGUGGCCUGCCCCCUCAUGGUAGUUUUCAUCCUCACGAUGAUCGUGCUCCUUUUAUGCACAAUAUUCAUAGGUUAGGUGCCCCCCCACAUUUAUCCGAGAGAAGACCUUGGGGUCCUCAGGGACUCCAUGAAGGUGGUGGUCCACUAGGCUUGCCAAACUUUCCAGGCGCUCCUCAAAGAAGAAUCCCAGGGUUUGGAGGAACCCAAUCAGCUAUAGUUACCAACACCACUGUUGAAGUUGUUGUGCCUGGUUCCCUUGUUCCUGUUAUCAAUGGUGAAGAUGGUGAAUGUUUGAAACAAAUACGUCAGAUUUCUGAUGCAAAAGUUACCAUUACUGAGCCCAAGCCUGGAGCAGUUGAAACUGUGAUUAUAAUAUCCGGAACACCGGAACAAACGCAUGCUGCGCAGAGCCUUAUUCAGGCCUUUGUAAUGAGUGAGACUGAAUCUUCGUGAUUUAGGUACCUCUGAAGAUGAAGAUUGAGAUCAAUGUUGCAGUUCUGAGAAGAUUUAUCUGAAUCUAACAAGGAAAAUUCAUCGGUCCAUACAUGAAGAGCUUGAGUUCCUCCUCUUCAAGUUAUGUGAGGGAUCCCUUUUGGCGCCCAUGAAAGUUUAAGAAAAGACCGGAUUGGAUAAUGAGGUUGUAGUAAGUUCCGAAGAAGUUCUAAUAUCACUUUCUAACCUGGCUUGUGUAUCUGAGCAUGUGUUAAACUUCGAUAUAAUAUGUUGGAUAACCUCACCAUGUCAAUUUUAGGUAAAUCCAGUUUGUUCUCUUUUUUCUUCCCCGAAAAGAAAUAAAACAUGUUCAACCAUCCUUUUUCA